AUGUUCUCAUCUUCAUCCAGAAACUCUCUGCUCUCGCCCUGGACGUCCAUGGAGCAGUCGGACUCUGAAGUGUUGGACAUUAGCACCAAAGUGCAGCUGCACGGCGUGCUGUGGAAGAGGCCCUUCGGACGCCCGUCGGCCAAGUGGUCCCGCAGAUUCUUCAUCAUCAAAGACAGCUUCUUACUCUACUAUGCAGAGAGCGAGAAGAGAAACUUUGAGACCAACAGGUACUUCAACAUCCACCCUAAGGGAGUCAUUCCUUUAGGAGGAUGUUUGGUGUCGGCUAACGAGGACAUGGGCAUGCCUUUCGCCAUCGUGGUCAACCUGGAGGACUUCUCUGGUACCAUAGUCCUGGCUGCUGAGUCUGAGGAGGAGCAGGUCCAGUGGAUAGAGAUGCUCCAGGAGUCAGGGAAAGUCACGUGGAAGAACGCCCAGCUGGGGGAGGCCAUGAUCGAGAGUCUGGAGGCUCAGGGGCUGCAGCUGGCCAAGGAGAAGCAGGAGUACCUGGAUAAACUGAUGGAGGAGACCGAGGAGCUCAGCCAUCAAAGAGCACAGAGAGAGGAGCUGGAGCGUCUGAACCAGAUUCUUGAGGAGGAGAAAAUGAAGUUUGAGGAGGUUGUGCUGGAGCUGAAGGCAGAGCAGGAGCAAAUUAAACUAGAUCUGGACGGCACCGCUCAGUCCCUGAAAGGGGUGGAGAGUGAAAAAGAAGAGCUGAGCAGUUUAACGAUCAUGCUGCAGAAGUCCAUUGAGGAUCUCUCUCAGGAGAAACAGAGGACUCUGGAGCUGCUGGGGGUGAAGGAGCCGGAGGAGAAGGAGGAGGAGGAAACCUGCAGGAAGUCUGAGGACGGCUCGGAGGUCGGAGACUUGGACCUGCUGCAGGACCUGCAGCACAUCGAGGAGCAAAUGAAGGUCCUGCUGAAGGAGAAGGAGCAGGCUGAUGAUAAGCUCGUGGGCAUUGAGGAGCGAGCCAAAGUCCUGCAGCAGGAGAGGGAGUACUACUCGUCUCAGGCCCGGACCCUGCAGCAGUCGCUCUCUCAGCUCACCGCAGACAAGCGUCAGACUGAGGCCGAGCUCAAGGCAGAGAUAGAGUCUCGGGUGGAGCUUGAGAAGAGGCUGAAGCAGGCUGAGGAGGCUCUGCAGGACCUGGAGAAAAGCCUCAACUCGGUGGAGCGGACCAUAGAGAGAGACGAGAAGAUGAAGGGGGACGUGACUCACCUGAGGAAAUUCUUCGAGGAGUGUAUCUGUGCCGCAGAGAUCGAGGCGAAGCUUCCAGCGAUAAUGAAGAACGCUGUGUAUCUCCACAAAGCCGCUGCACGCAGAAUCAAGAGCUGCCGAAUUCAGAGGAGAGCCUCCAGACGCCACUGGUGUAAGUUGAAACACUCAAAGUCAUUUGCUGUAGCAAACGCUGAUGACAGCAGCAUGGAGGAGCUGAGGGAGACGGCCCGGCGGCUGACCUCUGAUAGCGUCUUCAGAGAGAGCGUGUAUGAGAUCAUCACUCGCAAGGACGCCACAAACAAAACUGAGGACUGAGAGGAGAGAGAGCGAGGUAAAAGAGACAGAGAGACAGAGAGUCCUACCUGAGGAGAAAUGGUCCUUAACUUUACCUCACAGUCAUUGUGACACCCAGAUAUCCUGAUCCCCAUCCCAACAUUAAAAUAGAUGAAUGUACAGUUAUCUACUUGAUGGCAUUUAUAGAUGCAAUCAUAAGCUAAAAAU